CACUCACUCUCUCUCUCUCUCUCUCUCUCUCUCUCUUUCUCUCCUUUACUCACUUACUCUCUCUCCCCUGCAUUUAAGCACAGACAAUCAUUCUAUUUUCUCUACAUAGAUUCAUCACUCUCUCUCUAUUCUUUUCUCUCAUCUCAUCUCAUCACAAGCUCCUUUUUCCCUUAAUGGCUUUCAUCAUCCUAAUCUUCCUUCUAACUCUUAUGGUUCCUUCAAGCAAUGCAGCUUGGCCACCUUCCCCUGGCUACUGGCCAAGUAGUAAAUUCAGGCCAAUGAGCUUUUAUAAUGGCUUUAGAAAUCUCUGGGGUCCUUCACACCAAAGAGCAGACCAGAAUGCAUUAACAAUCUGGCUUGACAGUACUACAGGAAGUGGGUUCAAAUCGGUCCGUCCAUUUCGAUCUGGCUACUUUGGUGCCUCCAUCAAGCUCCAACCUGGUUAUACAGCAGGAGUUAUAACAUCUUUAUAUCUUUCAAAUAAUGAAGCUCAUCCAGGGUUUCAUGAUGAAGUAGACAUUGAGUUCCUUGGAACAACAUUUGGGAAGCCUUAUACACUACAGACAAAUGUCUACAUCAGAGGAAGUGGUGAUGGUAAAAUUAUUGGAAGAGAAAUGAAGUUUCAUCUAUGGUUUGAUCCAACUAAAGCUUUUCAUCACUAUGCCAUUCUAUGGAGUCCAAAGGAAAUAAUAUUUCUUGUUGAUGAUGUGCCAAUAAGAAGGUACCCUAAGAAGAGCGCUGAAACCUUUCCAUUAAGGCCAAUGUGGUUGUAUGGUUCAAUAUGGGAUGCCUCAUCAUGGGCCACAGAAGAUGGUAAAUACAAAGCUGAUUAUAGAUACCAACCAUUUGUUGCUCAGUACACCAAUUUUAAGGCUGGUGGCUGCUCAGCCUAUGCUCCUGCCAGGUGCCGCCCGGUUUCUGCCUCGCCUUUUCGGUCCGGUGGGCUGACCCGGCAGCAAUACAGGGCCAUGAGAUGGGUCCAGCGUUACCACUUGGUGUACAACUAUUGCAAAGACUAUAAGAGAGACCAUUCUUUAACUCCUGAAUGUUGGAAAUAAUAGUCAAAAUUGUCACUUACAUUUUAAUUUACCAUUAUGCUAUAAAUAUUUAGCACUAGUGGAAAAUCCCCUCAAUGUUCACUUCUUAAAUCUUUACCUUAUUUCCCAAUUCCUUUCUUCUUUUUUGAUUGUUAUUGUUAUUGUUGUGUGAGAAGGCAUCUUGUGAUGGGCCCACUCUUGUCAAAAUCAAUGCCAAUGAGUAGCUGAGCAUCCAGGGAGGCUUUAAAAGAAGUAACCAAAAAACAAGACCCCCCCCCCCCCCCCAAAAAAAAAAAAAGUGCUUUGAAUUCUUUUGGUAUGGAACUUUAGUGUACAAUUUCUUUUGUUAUGUUAUUUGGUUGUAAUUAGAACUAUAUAAAAUGGGGAAAAACAUUAUGUAUACAGAGAAAGAGAAGUGGGAUUUUGAAGCUAAACUCAAGGAGCAUUGUAUUUAUUUUUAUAUGAAGCACCUGUCAAUUAAUUCCUAAUAAAGGAAAAGCUCUUUUUGUUGUUU